AUGUGUAAUACUUGUUCACACUUUCCAGUGCGACAUGAAGAGGUUUUACAUCACAUGGAAAAGGCCAUGAAGGAUUUUAUUGGGCUGGAAACUCUGAAACAGCAGUUCCUAAGAUUUACGAGAAUGCAGCUUCAGAACGACAGAAGAAAACGGCUUGGGCGACAAAUACAGCAGGACACACCUUUACACCAAGUUUUUGCCGGUAAUCCUGGUACAGGACAAACAACAUUUGCAAGGCAUGUAGCAGGUGAGAAUUCCAAAGUUUCACACUAGAAAUAAACUAUGGGAAAAAAGGUUACAAUAAAGGGCCGAUUUUUUAUUUAUUUUUUUAACUUUCAGUUUUAAAGCAAUGCCGCUCCCACGGCUUGUAUAGUUCCCGCAACACUUAAUUUAUAAAUGCCCUAAUUUAACCUGGACGAUGUCAUAUCUUAUUACAUUCUAGCCCCAUUGGAAUUAUAGACUGAAUUUCCAUCUAUUGAUGUGAUGACGAGUUAGAAAAAGAGAAUUAGCGAGAUCUUAUAUAUUAUUCAUGUAUUAAUUAUGAUCUUCUCCAUUAUGAUGUAAUUGCCAUUGAAUUCUACUUUCUUCUAGACCUGCUCUUCAGCGUAAAGAAAACUAAAAAAAAAUAAAAUUGUGGAGGUCCAAAGACCUGACCUUAUAAUCAGCACAGAAAAAAAAACAAAAAAUUGUUGA